AUCAAGGAGGCUGACGGGCAAACCAUGGUUGGCACCGAGGUAGCGGCAGUGUUUCUGAAACGUCGGGUCCAACCAGUCAUGGCUAGGGUUCGCCCAAUGUGGUUGUACUCAGGUCUAAAGGAUGAGACCAGAAUUAAUGCUGCCGAACUGUCAGAAAAAGAGCUGCUCGAUGAAGUCCGUCGCCUCACUUUCUUUAGUCAAGAAGACUCGAUCCCACUGAUAUCCCCGUAUGCUCCUUUCGAUGCCGAUCAUCCACCACCAAAGACCCUUGUAGCCUUCGAGGACUUACACGAUUUACCAAAUGACACUUCCGAAGGAAGAGGCUCUUCAGAACCCGUUGACCUUCGUACUGUUGAGCAUACAAACCCAUCAAGUGAUCAUGAUGACCCGAUAAAUUCCGAAACUGCUCACACCAAUCUCCCCCUGUCAGCCGAUGACACUUGUGACACAGAGGGAUCACUGCGUGAUGAUGGCGCUGAUCAUGAUACCUUUAUUAAUGCAGCUGCGGAAAAGACCAGGGCUCCACCUACAAAGAGGUCAAUCGACGGUUUUGCCGAUGAAGAUGAUCUCCUUGACAUUGAUGAUGAUUUCAUUGAGCCUCCACCCAAGAGGGUCAGACCUGAUGCUGUCUCGCCAACCGCCGCAGCUUCCGAAGCUUCGGCUCCCAAGACGGCUCCUACGGCGCAAGCAUCGACUGCCUCCUCCCUUUCCAAAGGAAAAGAUGCUCCUGCUGCUGCCGCAGCUCCUCCUUCUGAUCUACGAGGUGUAAUAUCCUCUUUAGAGGCUUUCGCCUCUCAAUUCACCUCCCUGGAGGCGGACAAAAUUCGGCUGCAAGAGGAGGCUAAGUCUUCCUCUUCAAAGCUGGAUGGCGCCAUCAAAAAGGCCGCCAUAGCCCGCCAGGAGGUCGACUCCCUGAAAGAAGAGCUGAACAAGCUGAAGGAAAGGCUGAAGGAGGAGGAAGCUCGAGCGGCAGAAAAGGAUGAGCUCCUUCGUCAGUCUGCCUUAGCCCUGCUUGAAGCCGCCAACAUCCCUGCUACUGCCUUGGACAAAGUUCCAGGCAACUCCCCGGCAAAUGGUGUGUCAAUGGUUCUUGCCACCCACCAGCUUACCCGGGGGCUGCUUGACAAGGGAAAGGGUGCUCUGGCACGGAUGCAUUCAAUGAUAUUCCCCAAGGCCAAGCAGGAGAAGACUCUGGGACAGCUGAUUGAUGCCUUCGCAGUCGACACCAAGGAGGUCAUCGAGGUAUUCAAGCGCACCUCACGUACCUAUGGUGCCCUUCUUGCCUUCCAACUUAUGAUGGGUUACGGCUUUAAGGCUGACAUCGAAGAAAUGACUAAGGAGCUGCCGAAAGAGAAAGAUGGGCGUCUUGUUAACUUAAGCGCUUUUACAGCGUCCGCCCGUACUUGUGCUCGCCAGCUCCUUGAUUUAGUUUCGUCGGGAAAGGCAUCGGCUGGCCCCAGCCUGUCGACUCAGACUCAGGCUCCUUGAUUAUUGUAACAAUUUUAUCCUUGGGCUAGUAUGAAACAUUUUUCUGUUGCGAGAACUCAAGUUUGUAAUGAACACUUGUGCUGGCAAUGUUGCCAGCAUACUUUUGUCAUAAUAUCUUCAUUUGUACUUCUCCUGAUAGAAAUUUCUUGUACCUCUCCCGAUGGGAGUUAUGUUGGAUGCUUGAUUUGUCCAUGACCGUCAUCCUUUUGACGCUGUUGCCUGCAGGUUUUCCCGGUGUCCUCGUUUGUUGAUGACUCUUCGGGCGUUCUUCCCGAAGGUGAUCGGGUCCAACGAAUGAAGGAUCGGAUCACACAGAUGGAGAAGGACCUGCGCAGCACUUACGCCUUGGCGGCAAUUGUCAACAAGAAGAGCGAGAUUGCAGCCGACGUAGAGCGGUAUGCUCUUACUGAGCUGCAUAAGGCUACCGAGAGCUUGAACUUCAUAGCUCUGAACCGUGCAGAGGAGAACAAACGGAUUCACGAACGUGUGAAUGCAUUGACCCAGCUAUCCUCAUCCGAAGAAAUUUUCUGGCGGGAGCACUCGAAGGCUUCGGCUGUCGCGCGUUUUCAGGAUCGGGUUCAGCAGGUUCAUACCUUUUUUGACAAGUGCUAUAAGGCUAUGAGGGUGGUUUGGAAGACAAUGUUUCCCUUGAACGCAGUUCCUCCAACUCUCCUUGCUUUGAUGUCUGAAUUUGGUAACGCCAAGAAGGUCCGAGAGUUGGUACGCGCGCAAGUUUUUGCAGGAGCCAGGUUUACGCUUGCCCUUGUACUUGCCCGUUAUCCUUCGGCAGGUUUGCUGUCGAUUGCCAACGCUACUGGGGACCUGGAGGCGCUGUACCCGAAGGUAUUGUUGCCUGCCAACAUAGUUGUCGACAGACUCGAGGAAGACUCAAGGGUACCUGAAGAAAGAGGGACUCCACAAGGGUGAUUUCAGGGAUUUAAUGUCCGUUUUGUAAAAUAGAGAAUUUGGCUAUUUUAUCCAAGUGUCUGGAUUAUGUAAUGAUGCCCUCUCGUUUGGUAGA